GUUUUUUUUUAUUACCAAAGCUCAUUAAAUUAAUUAGCUGGACGGGAAAAUUAACAGGCUAACUCUUUGUAAUCGGGGAAUCAACGUAUAAUACCUUUUAUUAUACAUCUGUUUCUUCAGCUAAUAGAUAGCUAGCUAGAUGACUAAAGUUCACUAAGGUUUACGGAUUUUUGUAAAUGCGCGCACAUUCUCUUGUAGGUAAAGGAAACAAAACUGCAGCUAGCUUAAAAGUAUAAUAACUAUUAUACAAUGAACUAAUAGUUCUGACAACACAAGAUGGGAAAGACACUGAAAUUAUUUUUUAACUACAUUCUCUUAAUUUUUGUUUUGUCAAUUUUAAGCAUUUGUUUCUCUAGUUCUUCUACUCAAGUUGUAUCAAAAGACACUUCCUGAACCUGUUUGCUCUACAUAUGCUAUUGACUUCACUCACCCCCGCACCACACGAGCACAAUCUAAUGGUCUUAUUAAAAAUACCUUCCCAUGCACCAAUCUAUUUGGUAUUAAAUCAAUUUGUCAUCAAGUUGUUCAAAGAGAGCCUCCAUAAUCAUAUUCUUGCAACCUACUAUGUAUAGAUAAGGUUUGUCUUACACUAUACCCAGAAUCCAGGGAAUAAAGUUCUACUUCUUAGUUUGCUUUGCCUUAUCUACUAUAUAACAUACCUCACAACGCGAAUUCAAUCAACGGAUGUUGGCUCAACCUAUUUUUUGUCAGACUGUAACCAUAUACAUCAUAACACAUGAACCCUGUCAAGGUUGUUUCUAGGUAUAACCAUGGAAUGUUUCUCUGUAAGGGUUUAACCGUAAGACUAUAAUUUAUAGCACACAAACCCUAUCAGGGUUGUUUCUAGGUAUUACUAUAAGAUGUUCUUCUGUGAGGAUUUGACCAUAGAGCUAGACGUUAUAGCGCACAAACCCUGUCAAGGUUGUUUCUAGACAUAACUACAGUAUGUUCUUUCAUAAAGUUUUGACCCUGAAACUAGACUUUAUAGAAUGCAAACCCUGACAAGGUUGUUUCUAGGUAUUGAUAAGGAUUCUAGGUGUUUGGUAUAAAUAUCAAUUGCACAUGUUCAGAAGGAUCUUUCUGUUCUCAACUCAACAUGGCUUGCAACAGCGUGCGAGAGCGUGUGAAGUUGGUUUUUCGAAUGAGAAAAUCCUGAUAAGAUACAUAAAAUAUAUGCCGAGUUGCAGUAUUAUAGUAUUGGUGGAAAGUUAAGAGCUGACAUUCAGUUUGUAUGCAAGCGUUGCAAAGGUGAGAUUAUAGAGAAUGAAGUAUUUCCAGCUUUGAGGUUACUGUAAAGGAAAAAACUCCCUUGAGGAGUAGUCUCAGAAAAUCCUUAUAAUUUAUCAAUACUUUUAUAUUUUUUUAAUUUUUUUUUGUUUCUGAAUGCUUGAUGAAAGACUUUUUUGAUGGUGUUAUUUUCGUGAGAUGUUAAUUUUCCAAAUAGAAAAUAUAAUGAAUUAAACACACACCAUUUUUUUUUUCACCGUACGUUUUAAAAUGGCUUCUUUUUCCGAACGCGUCGUCGCAGACUUCUCGUUUUUGCACCAUUAUAUUCAGCAUAAAUUAAAUUCAAAAAGGUUCACGUUUUUUUUUUCUAAUAACGUCGUUAUGAAAUUAUUUGUAAUUAUAUAUAAUCAUUCGAAAAAUGCAUAUUUUUUUCUUUCUGUCGUCAUAAUUCGCUAAUCAGUAAUUUAUACAAAAAAACCGGGAACCUUUUGUGCAUAAUUUAUUCAGCUUUCCAUUGCCGAAAAUUUCAAUGAGUCAAUAGGAAGCUUUCGGAAAAAGAGACCACAAACGUAAAAGCAUGUAUGCGAAAAUUUACUAACAAGAUAUUUGUUUUUAAAUAUUUUCGUAGCUGUUAUGAAAAUGUGUGAACUGAUUAUGCAGAAAGAUGAUGGAAGUGUGAACUUUUUCUUUAUGCUGAAUACGCGUUGUGAGACAUGGGCAGUGAAGCAGGAAGAUCCUGACCGUUUAGAAUGAAUUUUGAAGUUUUAUUUAAACCACGUGGAUAAAGAUUUUUUUAAUUUAAAAACAAAGCAUAUUUUUGCCUAUUUGCUUGCAAUGGCCUGAAAAAUAAAUAAGAAAUUAAAAAUGACAGUAUAGUCAUAAGUUAAGAUUGAAGUUAAGAUUGAGAGAGUCGCUAUACCAGUAGACACUCAAUCAUAGAAUUUGUGGUUCACGAUUCAAAACGUCCCCCACUUUUCUACCGCAAAAUGAAUGCGCAACAAAAAUAACCUCGGAGCCCGUAUGCGUAACAUUCUUUGCACAUACAUUUUAUAUCACACGCGUUACUUGAUUUACAUGUGCGAAUCAUCGCACACCUACUCCAACAUUCCUGAAAAAGACUGAAUUCUAUGUCACUAUUUCCUGACGUGCUACAAAAUCAACUUGAUUUUUGUUUAAUCCAAAGAAAUUAACCGCAAAGUACUAUCUUCCUGCCUAUGUAAAAACAAAUGAGGAUCGCUGCACAAUAGCUUUAAGGUGAGUUGUUUUUGUUAAUCUUUUUUGUUUUUAUAAUAGCUAAGCUAUGUGUUUCUCCUUAUUUGUUACUAUGGCUAGAAUUUUUUGUUGAUAAUCUUAACUGUUUAUAAUGCAAAAUAUUGGACGGAGAAGAGCAUUUUUCAUUCAAUUUUGUGGUAAAUAUGUGGCUAUAUAUGGUUUCGGGUUGCUACAUUUUUUGUUUAGCUAAUUUCUAGCGUUUAUCUUAUGACUAUAGUCUAGUAAGUAAACUAAUUAUUUUUCCAGGAUAUUUUUGAUGAGAGCGGCAGGGUUUGAAUUAGCAGUUCGCAAUUCGCAAUUUGUGAAUCAAAAUGCCUUUUUGCGAAUCACUAUGUGAAGAGAAUGAUAAAAUUGCAAAUCGAACAAUUUUGGAUCACUUUGUUGUCUUUCUUUGCGAUAUAUUAAUCAUUCCUUCUUUUUGUUUGUUGUGUUUCCAUUUAAUUCUCAUGUUUUGCUUAAAGUGAAAUACCUUUAUUGUAUCAAAAAAUCAAUUUUUUUUUAAUUAGCCAUUUAUAUGAAUGAAACGACGAUUUUCCCAAUGGUGAAACUAUUUUUUUAUUUUUCGAAGGGGCAUAUUGACUUUAUCCAAAUAACUAACUUUUUUUUCUGAUGGGUCUUUUACACCUUAAAUUGAAUAAGAGUUAAGAGUGAAUGUUUUACACUUAUCAUUUCACUUAUUAUUUCCUUUCCUUUCCUUUACCGUUAGGGUUAUUUCUAAAAAUGUAUGCCAUCGUGUUCUGUUUCUGCAAAUCACAGAAAAAUGUUAAACGACUUAAAAAGUUCUAUUUCUAUGGUAUUCUCAGUCACGUCUUUGCGAAUAAUAAAAUUUAAAAGGACAACCUUCUGAAUAUUCAUUGCCUCGGAAGUGUGAACGUAUCACCAUCAUUAUGAGUAUGCUUAAAAGGUGUGAUAUUUAAAAAAGUCUUUAAAACACUUUUUCGUAGUGUUUUUUUUUUCGUAUACCAUCUAUUACAUUUCAAAUCUCUUUUACAAAACUACAGAAGAUACAGGGAGAGUGCUACUGUGCUGUAGCCAACAUGUUUAUCUAAAAGUGAUUUUUUUAAAUUUCAAAAAAUCAACAAUUCUCUAGAUAUUACAUCUUAAAGACAAAAGUUUAAAGUUAAAAAAUGGCUUUUUUAGAAAAAGUAAAAUAAAUAAUUGUGGAAAAUAAUUAAAAAAUUGUUUUUACAUACUUCUAUCACGAUUCUAUAGAACAUCGAAUGAGAUUUGGAAAAGAAGUAGUUUUGUAAAUGAAGUCACUUUUUUGAAGGCAGAGUGUGUUUCAAAAAUGUCUCUGUACUUUUCACGAGUUAAAAAUUUUCAAAUUAUUUUUAUACCAUUUGAUAGGUGGUUAAAAAUGCUUUUUGGUGAUGUAUAAAUGAAUAAACUUUUAUUAACUAUCGCUGAAAAAAUCGAGAUUUAAAAAACCAUGCUCAAAAAGUAUACCAUCACCUUAAUUAUUUAAUGCUGGGAGAAGAAAUAAUAACCCUUUCCAUUAGCGUAUUUCACUUGUACAUAUUUUGUGAAGUUUCGACUGAAAAUAUGUGGGCAAGUUUCGUAACGUUUGCUUUUGAAAAGCCAUUUUUAUUAUAAGAAAGUAUUUUAUGAAGUUUCGACUGAAAAUAUGUGAGCAAGUUUCGUAACAUUUGCUUUUGAAAAGCCAUUUUUAGUAUAAGAAAUUGUUAUUAAAACCGUAUUUAUUAAGCGUAGCUCAUUAUAAAUGAUUGCAUAAAAUAUUUACAUGUUAAUUUAUCAUAAGGCUGUUGUUUAGACAAAAUUAAAAAGUCAAAAUGUUUUUUUUUAAGUUUUCAGUUUCAAUAUCAGCAAAUAGUUCAAUUAAUAUUAUUAAUUUCUUAUGAGUAAAGUUGCGUGUGCAAAAAAAAAUUAAAAUUAAAAUAGUAGUUCAAAAGUGUUUUUUGUAAAAACAACUUUAAUCAGUAUACUUUAUGCAACAUUUUUCGGCUAUCGGAGACAAGAAAGUUUAAACUGAGAGAGUUGCUAGCUCAGACGCUCAAUUCUCGUGUUUUGGGUUCACGAGUUUAAACAUAAAAAAUAAUAGGGCAAGAAAAAGCAAAGCUCGCAGGUCACAAAAAAAUACAAAUUCUCAUCGAAAAUCAAGUAGCUACUAAUGAAGAAGCCAAUGGUAAUUGAUCUACCGUGUUCCCAGACCACAUCUAGAUGGUGGUUUCCUUACAGAGUGCCAAAAUUUUUGCAAACCGACUUGACUUUUUCUAAUUCGAACGAAGGCAUUAAACUAAAAAUUUUCGAUGAGUUUUUUAUACCAAACGGGUUAAGCAAAUCAUUUGUUUUUGUGAUAAGCUUUUUAGUGAUUAUUUUUAUUAAAUAAAAUUGACUUUAGUUAUCAAAAAAAGUUUACUUUACCUCACAUGUCGAUUAAAAAAGUUUGUUAUGAUUUUAAAAUAUCCUCAUUGGUUUAAAUUCUUGCGAAAUUAAGCUGAUUGGUUUAAAAAGCAAUGUCACAGUGGAUCAACUAUGACUAAUGUAAUAAACAAUGUGCCUGGUUUUCGAUCUCUGAUUUAGCAUUUCUGUAAAGAAAAUGCAGUAAACACCUCUGACAUUUAAAAAUGUGUUUUAUAUUUUUUAGGUACAGCAACAAGCAAGAUUCUGAAUAAACUCAAUCUGCCGAUCAAAAUGUUCAAGAAUAUUUUUUAGGAGAAAGAUGUAUUACUAAGACUUAAAUAAAAAUUAACCUCGAUACGUCUUGAUAUUUUCCUUGUGUCACGACCUUGUUGAAGAAAACAACUUGACGGAUUAGUGUUAUUGUACACAGCAUCUCUAUGGGAGCAGGACUAAUAAAAUUUUAAGAUGUUAAAGUUAGUUUUGGUGCUGUUGGUUUUGGUGCUGUUUGCACUACUAGAUGUCAGCGUUUUCUCGCAGAAAAAUCAUUGUGGUUUGUUUUCAUCCUUUGAUGCUGUGUGUACAAAGUUAAACCAGACAGUAUUUUUGUUAUCUGCAAGACCUUGCUAUUCUGAUCAUGCUGUUUCAUUUACAAUUCUUCGAACUGGCAGUCAAUCUUUCUUUUAUCACAAUAAAACAGAAAAUAAUAUUGAUAAUGUAAAAAUUCAAAUUGGCACUAACCGUUAUGGUAUCAUCCUUGAUUUGCACCGACAUCCACAUAAAAAAGAUUACCAAAGUCGUCUUCAUGUAUCAGUUUACUGGGUUAAAUUGUUUCCAAAUGGAACAAGAGCUGAUCAGAAGGUAAACAACAUCACUGAUGUCUAUUUCACCAUGGAAACACAGACGUGUGCUGCUAACAAACAUGGUGAUAAUGACACGUCAACUCACAUGGGAGUGCGGUCGCCAUCUGUUGAUUUUAAACGUCAAUCAUAUUGUGAUCAGUCCCUAAGACUUGGUGAUUUUUCAACUUUGUGCUAUAAAAAAGAUGAAGUCAUUUAUGUAACAGCAUUAGAUGUGUGUACAUCGCCAUAUACAACCGUCGUUCUUGUGUCCGAACCACAUCGAGAUUUAGAAAUUGUUGAAAAAUUGACUGCGUCAAGGAAAGAAGCUAUUCAUGUAAAAGCUGCAAAAACGCUUGGUGGAGAAUGUGGUGUUCAACUUGAAAUGCAUAGUCACGGUUCAGCUCAGGAAAAACAGCAUAUCACCUUAAAUCGCGUGUGUACAAAUUUACCUGGUAUUAAUAAUGGCUUAAUCGAUGAUGCUUAUUUCACUACGUAUGGUAUGAUUUGUCAACCAGCCACUUGUAGUCGACUGACGCCUAGUUCGUAUGAGUGCAACCGAACUCUCAUAUCACCAAAUGAGGGUCGUGAAGCAAACGCGAAAGUGAGGCUGAACUUUAACAUCUGCACAUCGAUUACUUUAAUCGCGGACGUAACAGUACAAAUAGAAGGCUUCAAGAACGUUUAUAAUGGUCAUCUUGUUGGAGAACAUCACUUUACUAUUCACGAUAACGAUUUUCGUCACAACUUCACGCUUGGAGGACCAAAGGUAGACCCAAACAAAGGUUAUUUACCACUCGACGGUGGAGAGAUCAGUUUGUUUGUAAAAGAAGAUAAAAAAAAAAACGUGUUUCAUGUCAUGCUAUUACGUCAUUAUCCACUAUACCAUGAUGCAUUUCCGUUGAUGCACCAAGAUUUUUAUUUGGAGAGAAAAGCACUAUGUAAAAGAAAAAGUAUUUCGCAUUCAAGUCACGCAAGCAACGCUGUUAAAAUAGUGAUUCCACUAUUAUGCGUGAUUGUUAUACUUAUUUUGGUUGUAUUUGCGGCAUGGUGGUGGAAGAAACGGAAAUAUGGCGGUACAGGCCUACCAUACCAAAUAGAACUACGAGACGAUGAUAAUGAUGAUGAUUUGGACGAUUUCAACUCGAGAAGUUGAUGAAAAAUUGUUUUAGUGUUUCUUUGUUGUUUUUAUCUUUGUUUAUGACUUGUAAUAUGUAUAUUGAUAUUGAUUUUUAUUGUUGACGACACUCUACUUGUAUGAUAUAUUUAAACGUAUACGAUGACUUUAUCCAUAUACCUCUACAAACUUGGAAAUUGAGAAAAGUCAGGACGAUUUAGAAAUUUUAAAAAACUUGUGUAAUAGGGACUUUUUAAUUGAUUCUUAGGAAAAUGUACGAUCCCUGGUCUUGCCAUUUUUAGAAACAUCGAUUUUUUUCCUUUCUUGCUGUAGCAGAAUUUUAACGAUAAUUUAUAAAAGAAUUUUUAUCAGCAUUGUAUAGGGACUACAUUCUGUACGUUAUUUGAAAAUAAUUUAACGCGUUGUUGAGAA